AUGGAACUGGAUAUCUCAACGCCAGACUUUACGCUUUCCAACUCAUAUGAGACUCUUCUCGAUGAAUCAUUAUCAGAUAUUACGAUCGAUCAAAGACUUCUUAUGGCUCAGGCCGUUCAUUCAGUUCAACCUAGUGGGAAUGUGGAUCAUACAUUUGAUUGGACGAGAGUAGUAGCUUUACUACAGAAAUAUGCCACAGAUGGUAGACUUCAAUUCGAUAGUCGAGCGUUGUUGGAUCCAAUGGCAUGUUGCGAUGCUUACGGAAACUUGUGUCAAAAGUAUUUGACGGAGCACAGUGACCUUUCACAAUCGGAUUCUGCCCUGGCACUGGCUAGAAAACUAUACGAAGUCAGAAUCGAUGGCAUCAGUGCAGCGCUUAUGGCUGAAGAACAGAAAUGUAAGACUCUGGCUUCUGAGAUUGAAGAAAUACAAGGGGGAGCAUGGGAUGAUCGGUUGAAAGAUCCGAGCCAACUGAGGCAAAUCUUAGAUGAAAUGGGACACGUGAAGAUAGAUGGCGACGAAGAAGAAUUUUCAGCCGAAUGUAUUGAACCCAAUAACGACGCCCUGCAACCCCCUCAUUCUCGUUCCACGACACCAUUGGACGACGAGGAAUCGGGCAGCAUACAACCUGAAGCAGCUGUAGCCAGUCCAUUACUUUCUGAGCCGUCUAGGAGGUCUACUCGGAAAUCCACAACUCCGAAAGCUUUCCUUCAAGUUCCUGUGACUCGCAAACGAAAAGCACGAUCAGAAUCUCUUUCUUCUGCCAAAACAGAUUCUACAACAGCUUCGAAGAAGAAACGCACAGAAUCAGCCUCUCCAAGCGUCGAAUCACCUCGAGAAGAAGUCGCAAAUGUUCAACAGAGUCCAGUACGAAUGGUGACAAGAACUAAAAAGAAGGCCAAUUCACAAUCGACAAGUAAAAAACCAACUCCUUCAAGCAAACGUCGCGAGCGAAUACCAUCUUCGGCAUUACCAAGUCCCGACGUGGAUGAUGAAAUUGUUUUACAGCAACUCAUUUCAGAGCGACAAUCGCCAACGCCAUCUGCAAGCACGACCCGUUCGGGAAAAACUAGUCAAAGAAAACAAGCCAAGAAAUCAAAGGGGAAUGAACGCUCAAAGGAACUUGAUCCUGAAGAAUGUGAGCUAUUUACCUUGCCCGCACCUAUUCUGGCGAGCUCAGCCUUACUGACAGUAAGCGAAACGCCAAUCUCUUUAGGCCCGGAGGUGGAGAAAGCCACCAAUGUCCUACAAAGUCCCGAUAUUGACCCACAUCUGCUACCUGAUCUAACGAAAGAAACCGUAUGCAAAGACGCCAAACUGGAGACAAACAAGCAAGCAAGUGAACCUCCUCGAUCUGUGGCAAUAAAUAGCUUAGGUUUACAAGAUACAGAUGCAGAAAGAACUCAGGAAGGUGAUGGGGGAGAAACCGCGAAUGGUGCCCAGUCAACAAGUCAUUCACCCGUUUCGGUGAGGAAGGGACAAAUCGAAACAGAGCAUCAGGCGGAUGAGAGCAAAGCCGGAACGCCCAACUCGGUUUCAUUUCCAACUGGUAUCACAGAUGGAUCUUCUACAGCCCAGCAAACCCCGAUUUCUUUAACUACUCCGAUUCCGCAGAUGGACUCAAACCACCUAAAGGCUACAACCACUUCCGCCGGUUCUUCAACGAUAUCUGAUCCUACCUCAUUUCGACGACGAAUGUUGAAGACACAUGCAUCUGUACAAUCUAAUCCAAUCUCAGCAGUCUUUAGAGAACCAGUAAAAGACUCGGAAGCACCUGGUUACUCUUCUAUCAUUAAGAGACCCAUGGAUUUACGUGGACUAGCUAAAAAGUUGAGAGAUGGAAAUGUAACCACUCCAGAAGAGUAUCGCAGAGAUUUAAUGCUUAUGUUGGCCAAUGCCGUGAUGUUCAAUCAUGAAGGUAGUGAAGUGGCUAGACAUGCUAAAGAGUUAUUGAUUGAAUGUGAUAGGCUCCUUACAAUUUUUAUGAGAGGAGCGAGGUAUUAAUGGGCUAACUGGAAGCAUUUGGUAAAGUUGCUUGCAGGAGACUAUAUGUACUUGUUAGAGUUUGUGAUUAAGAUUCUUUGAUAUGAUAAUGAAGAUUUUACAUUUUGAUGAUUUCUCAAGAAAAAAGAAAAUUUUGUCAAGAACAUCUUUUUACAAUGCGGAUUCUCUCACAGAAAGAACUAAAAAUCAAAAUCCAGACGAAGACUAAAAGGAUGAUACAAAAAGAUCAAGAAUCAAGAUUUAGAAUGUGUCAAAUCACCUAAAAUCAUCAAGAUAUCAUUUAUAAGUUGAAAUUGAUCAGAAGAAUCCCAAGAGUUUUGUAAAAGCAAACUUUCUCGUUGAUCAUUGUCAAGUAGUAAAAGAUCUUGAAGAUUUAAUUUAGAAUUUCGUUUUUGAUUUUGAAAUUGAUAAGGUUGUUGAUCAAGUUGAGUAGAAGAUAACGUUUCUAAAGUAUCUUCUGAAUCUUUGGAUUCAUUAUCACUAUCAAAACUAUGAUCAGUUUGUAGAACUUGGAGUCUUUUUCUCAAGAUAUUUGAAAUUGAAUUUCGAUUCCCUUCGAUUGAAUCAAGUGACGUUAUUGAUUUUGGUUCAACCUCUUUUGCGAAAAAAUCGUCGGCGGGUUCUGAAAUGGCCAAUGGAACGAAUGUUGAGAGUUGAUCAUUCUGUCGAAAGAAAGUAGCUAAAUUUUGAUGAUUUUGAAGCAUCGAUGGUUCUGAUGAUAAAUUUGUUCUAUAAACUUCUCUUUGAAUUGGUUCUUCAUUCAAAUCCAUUCGAUGUUCAUUUAUAAUCAAGUUUAAAUUUCUUUCAAGUUGGUC